AUGCUUGUCUGGUCGACGUGCCCGUCGGCGGCGACACACAGCACCGUGCCAUGCCAGUCCGACACGUGUGGCACGGUCAACCAGCAGCAGGCGCGCCGCUGCCGAUACGUCGACGGCGGCUGGUUCUGGUCCGGCCGUCAGCCGGGGUCGCGUUGCGCAUCCACCGCGUACCCGUACAACCCGGUCACCAGCGAGUGCUCCACUGGCGACCUGACGAACUUCCACAUGUCGGCCAACGCCACCAGCAACGACACCAACCUGCUGUAUCUAGAAGCGUUCACCGCCGUCGACGCGUGCACGCCGCAGCAGCUUCUGGCGUCGCUCCACGCCGGCGCCACCGGAGUCGCCGGGUUCUCUCAGCGGCCGCUCUCGCUGCCGUCGCAGCUCGCCGUGCAGCGCAUGUCAGCAAAAAUCCCUCUCAAUCACUCAAUCUGUGGCUAA